AGUAGCUGAUACGAUCUCCUACAAGAAAGCGGCGGAGAUGGAUCGAAGAUCGAUAGCUCUGAAGUCCAUUUCCUGCAGAGGCGUUCAAUCCUUCAAUCUCUUCCAGAAACCCUCCACCUACGCCGUCGUCUCCAUCGCCGCCGGAAACGACGGCCGCCGGAAACAGAAGCGAAAGCAGAAGACAUCGGCCGAUCAUGAAGGUGGCGAGAAUCCUGAAUGGGAUCAAACGAUCCAGUUCGAUUUUGACGAUAGCGACUUUAAGGAUCUGUUUCUGGAGUUCGCUAUCAUGGCGCAGGGGAAUCUCCUUCUCUUCGGUGACAAGGUUAUCGGCAAAUCCCGCGUUCCGAUUACCGAUCUAUCUGUUGGGCAUCCUUCCGAUGCCUUCCGUCACGUGAGCUACCAGGUCCGAUCUCCCGAAGGUAAGCCUAAUGGCGUCCUGAGUUUCUCUUAUAGCUUGAACCUUCCCGAGAUGGAGAUUCGGCUCCCGCCGCCGCUUGAUCAUGGAAUUCCGUCUGCGCCGCCAAUGGAUGAUUAUACUCCUCCGCCGGCGCAGACGACGAAAAGUCUUUAUCCACCUAUACCGCUACCUGAAGCAGAGCCGGAGGAUUGUUUCUGUUAUUACAAUCAGCCUCCGCCGCCGGAUCCGCCCAAAUAUUACUAUCCGCUGCCUCCACCGCCUCCGGCUUCUGGGUAUUAUCCUGCGUUUGACCGAGCGGUUUCUUCUCCAGUAUUGAACCGGGAUGCAUGUUUGUCUGUUCCUGUUACUGCGAACGCCGGUUAUUAUACCCCUCCGACGGCGUCUAUUCCGCCGCCGAUGCCGGCGUUUGGAGCAUAUCAUCCAUCAUCGGCUUCAAGUUAUACUUAUCCACCGUCUCAAGAUUUCUGCAGUUAUUGUAACUGUAAGUGAAUUGCAAGAAAGUUUCGAGCACUCACUAGGGGGAAUUUUAAGGAAGUUGAUGACUCCAACGUUGCCUCCGUCGAUUAAAAUAUUAAAUUUGUUUUGAAUGGGGGUUAAAUGUAUUGAGGAAAUCUGCUCAAAAAUAAAAUUGGAUUGACAUUGAUGCUGUUCA